AUGCAUUCUAGUAGUUCUAUUCAACAGGUAUCAUUCCAUCUCAAGGACACUCAAUCCUGGGUUAAUGAAGUUAACAACCAAGUUGCCAGCAAACCCGACACACCCUUCACAAUUGACAGUGACAUCAGGAAA